AUGGCUGAAGAGGACAAAACAGGGGACGUGAUACUCAAGCAGGAAACAAGAAUGAUAAUCGAGAUAGUAAAUGUUGUUUUUCUCUAUUUUUUCUUCUCUGUGUUUGGAAUUGUGACCAAUGUCAUCAACAUGAUUAUCUUCUACAAGCAAGGAUUGAAAAGCGCCAUGAACAUUUGUUUGUUUGCCCUGGCGGCAACAGACAUAUUGAACUUCGUCUAUUUACUGGAGUGUUCUUUUUUUCUCAACCCGUUAGUCGAGUACUCAGGUGUGAGAGUCAACAUGAGGCACCUGGUCUAUGUGGCUGCCGGUUGGCCGCACGUGGUGUGCACCAGGAUAGCCUACCUGAUCAUGGCUUACGUCACAGCAGAGAGGUGCAUCAGCGUGGCCCUCCCCCUCAAGGUCAAGGCCAUCGUCACGCCCAGAAGAACGAAGAUCGCCAUUUGUUUGAUGCUGGUGUUCUCUGCCGUGAUGGUGAUGCCGGAGUACGCCUCUGUCUACCUGGACUGGCAGCUGAUCCUCCCCAGAAACGAGUCAGUCCUCACCCUACAAUUUGCCAGCAACAGAAUAUGUGUUAGCAAGAGUAUCAUCUUGAUACUUAGUGAACCUAUUGCACUUUUGUAA